AUGUCUAAGGAUUCCAAAGCUCGUCGCGAGCGGAAAGUCUUAUCCAAGUUGGGCCUUGAAGAGAAGCUCUCGAAACUUGGCAUCGAAGAGAAGCAUGAAUAUCUCCAGAAUUACCUCCCAUUAUACCGCAAGUUAUCUGGAGCUGUGAUCCCACCACUUCAAUCAUCAUUGGCGUACAUCAAUGGAGGUUGUUUCCCAGAUGGCGACAGCAGCGAUGGACUGGCCGAUCCAGAUAAGUUCAUUGAUGCUGAGGAUGGUGGAGACGAGCUGAAAAAGAGGGAUAUCUCAAUUGCGGAUGACGAGGACAAUUACGAUGCUGCCCAGCCAUUGGGCGAAGACCAUGCCUCCAAUCUGUUCCUUAACACAUUGACCAUGGCAAACGUGUAUGCUGGUGUUGGAUCCCUCAAGAACUUGAAAAAUCUCAUCGGCGACAUUUCCAAUCCGAGCUGGCUCGAUCACAAGGGAGGUCGCCUCAUUGGAUACUCGAUGCUUAGCAGCAGUGAGUCCGAAGAUGAGUCCGAAGACGAAAAGCCUGAGUCCGACGUUGACUCAAAGUACAAGCUUGAGGAGACCAGACCGUCAAAGUCCCAGUCUCCAGAGAAAACAGCCUCACCAACAAAAACACUGUCCAGCACACAUGUGCCUACAAAGACUUCAGGGACCACGACCCUGCCCACCGCAUCAAGCACAAUGCUGCAAACAGCAGCUCCCACACAAUCGGAUGCAGAAUCUGAGGAUAUGGUAAGCGGUGCAACUCCCAGUGCCAGUAACCCGCUUGUCCUCGAUCGUGUGCUCACCCUUGACACUUCUCCUAAAGACUCCAAUGAGGCUUUUGAAGCUGGUUUGGAACCCGAGGUCCCUGUGGAUGGUACUCUUGGGCCCGAGGUGGCCGACUCUUCGUUCAAAAUCCCACCCAAAGAAGAGUGGUCUGCAUGGCAGCAUUCUGUCAUGGAGAACAUGAACAUCACACCGCUAAAGGAAGUGGUUUUGAUCAAGUUUAAAGACAAAAAAUCAGCAGAUACCGAAUCAGAGAAAAAUGCGAGGCAGCGGUUGACAUGGCUUCUAGGUACAAGGUCACAAGAUGCCUUUGACUUGAACAACACAGACAUAUUCCACGCUAACUUCGAUGCAUGGCUUAUCAAGGAUGUACUUUUGCAAGGACAAGCGUUCCUUACAAGAGACGCUUUCUGCUUCUACUCAUUACUACCUGGUACAACAGAUCACAAUCCUAAUCAACAGGAAAAUCCAGACUUGACCCUCUUCCAAGGCACGCUUGGAAUGAAGGUCGGCGAGGGUAUUCUUUUGUCAAACACGCAUAGAUUCUGGGCAGUGCUCAGACCCGAGACAUUGAGUCUCUACACAUCUCCAACGGAUAUGUAUUUCCCUGACAAGGUUGUUGAUCUCCGCAAUGCGCUUUACUGUGAGCUCUCAAGGGAGCCUCCGAACCCAACUAGUCCACCUGGCGGAACCUCUGACGGCUUGGCCUCUCCAAGAAGCAGAAUCUCCAGUGCUCGCGACUCAUCCUACCUCUCGACCAACAGCAGCAUGCCAACUUCCCAGCCAGAAUCAGAGACCUCAAGUAUCAACGAGGCUGACUUGGAGGAAGCCACCGAGGAAAUGUCGACAGGGGUUUGGUUCAAAGUCGUUUGUACCAAAAAGACUUAUCGGUUCCAAACCGGAAGCUUGUUUGCGGCACGUCACUGGUACAACAGCAUCACUAAGGCCAUUUUUCAACUCCAUAAUUGUAAUGCCCGCAGGGAAGUGUUGCACAAGAUCCCGUUUGAUCAAGUCGUUGAAUUCCAAAAGAACUUUGUUUUGGCGGACUCAGGGGGAGAUGCUACUGAGGAUAACGAAACUCCUGUAUCAUUCUCGGUGAAGUAUCUUUCGCCUCAUGAACAACAAGGUUCUAAGUUGAUGCGUAAGAUCCACAAUACAAACCCAUCACCUUAUGAAACCAUUCAUUUUGUGUUGUUUCAUAUGGGCAAUGAUUUUGUUGAAAUGUUCAGCCGCUUGCAUGAGGAAUUCCAGGCUCAAAAACAUACACUCAAUUUAAAUCAACGCAUGAAACGCAGAGCCAAAAAGGUGUUUCAUGAUGAUACAUCCGAUGAAGAACUGCGAUCCACAGUUUUCACGACACUUCAGCCUGAAUUUGCGUCUGGUGUUUCACUUGUCGAUAGAGUUGCUAAGGUUAACGAGCACAUCAUUCAGCAUAGGAUGAACGAGCAAUCGCAUUCCAGCUUUGUUUCUGAUGAAGAAAUCUCAGCUUGCGAAGGUAACGAACGUAUACGAAGCAUGGCAAAGCUUCUUGGCAUCAACAAACAAGUCUUUUCGAGACACGGUUCGGAACAAAGCAGUACCUCGAGUCUACGAACCCCACCAACCAUUUCAUCUGUCUGGGGAGAUGCCGACAAGGUGCCUCCAGAGAUGAACCCCAUUCUGGAUGACGGUGUGAUUCUUCAGUUUCCCAAGCCAUUCUCGCUCAGUACUUUGAAAAAUCUCAAGUUGAACAUGAUCACAACCAAGAGAAAUUUUAACGAUGUUGAACAACGAUUGCUUGCCAUCACUCAGUCAAGAAAGAGACCCUACUCGCAUAGCGUGGGUGAGCUCUCGGUGACGGAUUCGUAUAAGGAUUUCACCGAUAGCUUUUCUGACCCUGAUGACGGCACUGGAGCGAAGCAUAAAGAUGAGACUAACAAGAAAAGUAAAUUUGGGUCCCUUAAGAAGAAGAUCAAGACUGUAUCUAGCAUGGGCGGUGUUUGGUCAGCACAUCCAGACCAUUACGUCAAGUUUGAUGAUGACGACAAGUUCUUCGUCACAAAUUCCGAGGAAAGAGACGUUAGUGAGAAGCGUUUCAGGAAGCAUUUUUCGCUCAACUCAGAGAGCAGGUUAAUCGCAACUUAUUAUUGUCAUUUGAAACGUUCAAUUCCGGUCUAUGGCAAGCUUUACCUUGGAAGUGACAAGCUAUGCUUCCGAUCAUUGAUUCCAGGUAUAUCCACCAAGAUGAUUUUACCUCUAAAGGACGUUGAGACCUGUGCGAGUGAGGGAGGCUUCAAAUAUUCAGGCCUUCGGAUUACAAUGCUGGGAAUGGAGUCAUUGAUAAUGGAGUUCGGUUCCCAAAAGAGUCGUGAUGACUGCUCCCACAUGGUAUUGAACCAGCUUGAAAUAAUACAUGGUGACGAGUCUUGGGCACCAAAAGCUCACGAAUGGGGCCACGCCGGUCAAUACAGAGAUGCGCUGCAAAAAGAGCCUCUCGAAAGGCUUACAAAGAAUCAACUGCGAGAGCAUGAUAUUGCGCUAGCGAAGGCUAGGGUAAGGAUCGCAAGACUCAGGCAUUUGGAAGACAGAAUAAGCACAGCAUCUGGAAUUGAGUUUCCGCUCAUAUUUGAAGACUCCUUAUUUUACUUCACUGAAGUCAAGCCUGCAAAGUCUUAUAACAUUACCUUGUUGACCAUUGGGUCUAGAGGAGACGUUCAGCCAUACAUCGCCUUGGGCAAGGGGCUUUUGAAGGAAGGCCAUACUGUGACAAUUGCCACUCAUUCUGAAUUCAAAGAGUGGAUUGAGAAGCAUAACUUGAAAUUCAAGGAGAUAGCAGGAAACCCAGCGGAACUCAUGUCCUUGAUGGUUACUCAUGGCUCGAUGUCUGUUGGAUUCAUCAAAGAAGCCAGCUCUAAGUUCCGUAAUUGGAUCACUGAAUUGCUUGACACUAGUUGGGAAGCAUGCCAAGGGGCAGAUCUUCUUAUUGAGAGUCCCUCAGCUAUGGGUGGUCUUCAUAUUGCAGAAGCUUUGGGCAUUGCCUACAUGAGAGCUUUCACAAUGCCUUGGACUCGUACAAAGGCAUACCCACACGCAUUCAUUGUCCCAGAUUCCAAACGAGGAGGCUCGUAUAAUCUUUUGACCCAUGUCAUGUUUGAAAAUGUGUUUUGGAAAGGUAUCUCGAGUCAAGUUAACAAGUGGAGAGUCGAGAAGUUGGGCCUCGCAAAAACAAGUUUGGCCAAAAUGCAGCAGUACAAGGUUCCCUUCCUUUACAACAUUUCUCCAUCGAUGUUCCCACCAUCAGUGGAUUUCCCCGAGUGGGUGAAAGUCACGGGAUACUGGUUUUUGGAUGAAGGAGAUUCCUCCUACAAACCUCCUCAAGAAUUAGUUGACUUCAUCGACGGUGCUGAGAAAAACAAGCAAAAAAUUGUUUACAUUGGAUUUGGCUCAAUUGUUGUCAAUGACGCUAAAAGUUUGACUAAGGCAGUCAUUGAGGCCGUUGAAAAUCUGGGAGUGAGGUGCAUCUUGAACAAGGGUUGGUCCGAUCGGUUGAGUAAAGAUAAAGGGGAGAUUGAAGUGGAACUUCCUCCUCUGAUUUACGAUUGUGGGCCUAUUCCUCAUGACUGGCUCUUCCCAAAGGUUGAUGCUGCAGUGCAUCACGGUGGAUCGGGUACAACGGGAGCGACAUUGAGAAGUGGCACGCCUACUAUCAUCAAGCCCUUCUUUGGUGAUCAAUUCUUCUACGCUUCACGAGUGGAGGAUUUGGGAGUCGGCCUCUCACUUAAAACAUUGAAUGCCAAGUCGCUCACGAAGGCGCUUAAGCUGAUUACUAGGGAAUCAAAGUACUUGGAGAAGGCGAAAGCUGUUUCUCACUCCAUGGAGCAUGAAACAGGAGUUCUCACUGCAAUUGAUGCAAUUUAUUCCGAACUUGCCUAUUCGAAGUCCUUGAUGCUUACCAUCAGAUACAACACCGAAGCCCGCAGAGACGAUAGAUCUGGUGCACAGACACCUAAUAUCGCAGAGGAAGACUACUUCAUGCAUGAUGAAGGCGGCUCAUCAGAUGACGAUGAUGAUAGUAAUCUAAGCGACGAGAGUGACGAGGUGGACGAGUACAGCGAUGAGGAGUCUGAAACUGUGAAAAGUGCGCUAGAUGACGCAGCAUCUGCUGUUGGCAGCAAGGCGGAGAAAAUUAAAGACACCUCGACCAGCCAUGUCACGGAGGAACACCGGAAGACAAAUUCAUAUGCUGCCAUGGUUCCAGGACAAACAAUUGUUGAAAUUCCAGAAUAUGAGCUAGAGUGUGGAGAAACUCUCUUCAAUUUCCCGGUUGCUUACAAAACCUGGGGUAGACUCAACAAGGAUAAGGACAAUGUCUUGCUAAUCAACCAUGCACUCACCGGAUCGUCGGAUGUCCAGGAUUGGUGGGGGCCCCUUUUAGGCACUGGUCUUACGUUUGAUCCCUCUAGAUUUUUCAUUAUUUGCAUCAACUUCUUAGGGUCACCAUACGGCUCUUGUUCACCAGUAACUAUUGAGAAAGCCACAGGAAAGCCAUAUGGACCGCUUUUCCCCUUGGUUACUGUGAAAGACGAUCUCGGCAUUCAAAAGCUUAUUUUAGACUCCUUGGGAGUGGAAAAGAUUGCAUGCGUCAUUGGUGGGUCAAUGGGUGGCAUGGCUGCGCUUGAAUAUUCCUCAACGUAUAACGGUACCGGCUACGUGAAAACUGUGAUUGCACUUGCCACUGCAGCUAGAGCUAGUGCCUGGUGUAUUUCAUGGAAUGAGACUCAAAGGCAGUGUAUUUUCAGUGAUCCUUUCUACGACGAUGGUUACUACUUCGAAAACCCAAAAGGGUCGAAACCAGAUGGUGGACUUAGUGCCGCAAGAAUGGCUGCGCUACUCACCUAUAGGUCCAGAAACUCGUUCGAAACAAGAUUUGGCCGCAAGUUGCCUUCACAACAGGUUCGGGAGCCGCCCAAAGUCGACAUUAGAUUACCAAAGAAUAAGGACGAGGAGAAUUGGCUCAUUCAUAAUGAAGGAUCUCGUAGAUCGAGAUCUUCCUCUAGCACCUCGUUAGCCUCUGACAAACCUCAAACAUAUUUCACGGCACAGUCUUAUUUGAGAUAUCAAGGAGACAAGUUUGUCAAGCGUUUCGAUGCCAAUUGCUACAUAUCAAUCAGCAGGAAGCUCGACACACAUGAUAUCACAAGAGGAAAAAUCGAAGCAGAUGAUGGAGAAAAUGAUCCGUUGCCUAAGUACUUGGAAACUUUACUGGCACCACAUCUAAUCAUUGGCAUUCAAUCAGAUGGUCUCUUUACCUACGGCGAACAACAGCUCUUGGGUGCACACAUCCCUCAAAAUAUUUUGAAAAGGUUGGACUCACCAGAAGGCCACGACGCUUUCCUCCUCGACUUUGAAAUCAUUGAUAAAUACUGCCGCGAGUUUUUAAACAAUCAGCUCCCAGAAUACUUCGAUGAUGCCUCCGGAAAGGUGGAGGUUUUUGAAAACUGGGCUGAUCAUGUGGUAUCUGUUGACAAUGAAGGAGAAUCCGUUUUUGGAGAAGCAGAAAAGAAUAUCACCAAUUGGUAA